CAGGAAAACAGUUCUUAUUUUGAGGAUAUCAUAAUAGAAUCUGUUGGAAUCUAAUAUUUUAUUUUAUUUACGGAGGAUAUCAAAAUUUGUUUAACAAAUUGAAAAGGAGAAGAUGAAGUACGUGCUUGUAACAGGAGGUGUUGUGAGUGGAUUAGGAAAAGGAAUCACAGCAAGUAGUAUUGGUAUUCUUCUUCAGUCCUGUGGUCUUCGCGUAACUAGCAUCAAAAUCGAUCCGUAUUUAAACUAUGAUGCUGGAACCAUAUCCCCUUAUGAACAUGGCGAAGUGUUUGUCUUGGACGAUGGUAGUGAGGUGGAUCUUGAUCUUGGAAACUACGAGAGGUUUCUAGGUUCCACAUUAACUCGAGAUAACAAUAUCACUUACGGGAAGAUUCAGCAGUAUGUUAUGGAUAAAGAGAGGAAAGGAGAUUACCUAGGGGCUACUAUUCAGAUUGUUCCUCACAUCACUGAUGCAAUAAAAGAGUGGGUGGAGAGAGUUGCCAUGAUUCCUGUUGAUGGAAAGGAAGGUCCUCCUGAUGUUUGCAUCAUCGAAUUAGGCGGAACUAUAGGAGAUUAUGAAUCCAGGCCUUUCACUGAAGCACUAAGCCAAUUAUCACACACCGUUGGACGUGAGAAUUUCUGCCUUAUCCACGUCACCCUCGUGCCUGUGCUCGGUGUUGUUGGUGAACAGAAAACAAAACCAACACAGCACAGCAUUAGAGAUCUACGAGGCUUGGGCUUGAUGCCUAAUAUCAUAGCUUGUCGAAGCACAAAGGUACUUGAUGAGAAUCUAAAAGCAAAGCUAUCUCGAUUUUGCUAUGUUCCGAUUGAGAAUAUCUUCUCUCUCUAUGAUGUUCACGACAUCUGGCACAUUCCUUUGUUGCUCAAGGAACAGAAUGCUCAUGAAGCAAUCUCAAAAGUCCUUAACCUUGCUGGUAUUGCUAAAGAACCUUCUCUAGAGAAAUGGGCUUCAAUGGUGGAAGUUAGCGACAAUCUACAUGUACCGGUGAGAAUCGCUGUCGUGGGGAAAUAUACAGACCUCUCAGAUGCCUAUCUCUCUGUCUUGAAGGCCCUCUUGCAUGCUUCUGUGGCAUUUGGCAAAAAGCUUAUAGUUGAUUUGGUUCCAUCUAGUGAUCUCGAAAAGACCACAGAGAAAGAGAAUUCACUCGCAUACGAGGCUGCAUGGAAUUUACUGAAGGGCGCAGAUGGAGUUCUUCUCCCUGGAGGGUUUGGUGAUAGAGGAGUGGAAGGGAAGAUACUUGCAGCAAAAUAUGCCCGAGAGAACAAUGUCCCUUUCCUCGGUAUCUGUCUCGGGAUGCAGGUCGCUGUCAUCGAGUAUGCACGCUCGGUUCUCUGCUUGCCUGAUGCAAAUAGCACAGAGUUUAAACCUGAAACCAAUGAUCCAUGCAUCAUUUUCAUGCCCGAAGGCUCCAAGACUCACAUGGGAGGCACAAUGCGUUUAGGCUCAAGAAGAGCCUAUUUCCAUGUCAAGGACAGCAAAUCUGCAAGACUAUAUGGGAACAACGAGUUUGUCGAUGAGAGGCAUCGCCAUAGAUACGAGGUGAAUCCUGAUAUGGUUGCGUCCCUGGAGAACGCAGGUCUCUCUUUUGCCGCAAAAGAUGAAACUGGCAAACGCAUGGAGAUUGUUGAAAUUCCAAGCCACCCUUUUUUCAUCGGUGCUCAAUUCCAUCCUGAGUACAAAUCAAAACCCGGGAAGAUAUCUCCUUUGUUCUUAGGGCUAAUCGCUGCAUCCUGUGGUGAGCUAGAUGCAGUCCUGAAACCAGUUUCCAUUCACCAAGACAACAACCAACUUAUGGCACAAGGAAAAGAAACAAGGGUUGAUCCUAAAACUGGUUCUUGUAAUGGAGGAAGCAACAAGAAAUCUCAGAAACAUCUUGUCCGAUGUAAGACAUGA